UUUGCCACGGUUCACUAAGCGAUAUGGGAAAGAGGGCUGCCAUGCCGAGUGGAAGUAGGCUAUUUGCUGCUUUCAUAGGCGUGCUGUUUAUUUUAUCCCGCACAACACGGCUCCUGAAUAUUCAUGAUUGUGCCUCUAAACGUCAGGACGCAGCGGCGGCUCUUCCUCCCUGACAGAGCGCGGAGAGGCAGGGAGGAGGGACGGCAUGCCAGAGCCCGGCUGCGUUUCUCCCGGCGACACCGAGCAACGGCAUCGUUUCACUGCAUUUGAGGGCAAAUCUGCUCAACUCGCCCGACACUGCGCCGCCGACUAGGGGAAGCGGGGAUGGACUGACGGGACGCAAACGCGGAGCUGGAGAGACGGAGGGAGAGAGAAAGAAAGAAAGAAAAAAGAAAGAAGGACGUAAAGAAUGCAACACAGAGAUAAAUGCCGCCUUGUUUUUGAAGCGGGUGCAUAUUUUCUGGACAUAAGCUGCUCGGCGCAGAUCGAGUGACCACAACGCCUUUGAAAAAAAAAAGAGAGAGAGAGAUGCCACAGAAAAGCUGGGAUAGCUGGAAGAUGCUUGGAUACGAGCGGUUAUUGCAGCGCAUCUCCUGUAAGAUGGACGAGACGUAUUGGGAGUAAGGAACUGGCGACUUAGCACGUUGCGGGGAAGAUAUGUUUUGCAACUGCCCUAGGCUGUUCUGGAGGAUGAAUGCCUUCUCUGGCGUCAUUUCUCGCUCGUAAUAUGUAGCUCAAGCGACGAGGGGAGCGUGUGCAGCUGUUUCUCGCCUAGUGAAGCCCUUAAAAAGAAAAUCUCGCACGCUGGAGCUGGGCACCGUGGACACGAGCAGCAGCCUUUCCCACCUUGAACUUCCAUGUGGCGAAUGCUGUGUCCCGCUACGAAGUGAGCGCGGCUCCCUGAGCUGUCCGUGGUGCUGAAGGCACCGUUUCGUGCUCCUCGGGGUCCCCACGAGUUCUCGCCACGAAAUCCUACAACACACAGCGAGGCGACAAAGCAGGCCACCGCACACGAACUGGCUGCUGGGCUUGACCUGAGUCAGCCAGACAAGAUUCCCUUUCAUGGCUGUGGCACGCAAGAUCAAAACUUUGCUGACCGUCAACAUCUUGGUGUUCGUGGGGAUUAUCCUGUUCUCAGUGUACUGCAGGAUCCAGGACCGAUCCGAGGAGCUCAUCCAGAUAGGGCGUAUUUCUGACCAGAGGCUGCGAGCCAGGAAUGGCAAAGUUUCCAACUUGGUGGACAGGCAAUCUAUUCUCCAGAGGCUGGAGAGGCUGGAGGAUGUGGUUUACAAUCAGUUAAACGGUUUAGCGAAGCCCAUGGGGCUGGUGGAGGGACCCGGAGGCCUUGGCCAGGGAGGAGCCGCAGCCACUCUGGGAGAGGAUAGUCGAGAUGCCGAGGGGAAGUAUGAGGAGUACGGUUACAACGCUCAGCUCAGUGACCGCAUCUCUUUGGACAGGAGCAUCCCUGACUACAGGCCUAAAAAGUGCAAGCAGCUGACGUACUCAGAGGACCUCCCUCAGAUCUCUGUGGUCUUCAUCUUCGUGAAUGAGGCGCUGUCAGUGAUCCUGCGCUCUGUCCACAGCGUGGUCAACCACACGCCAGCUCACCUGCUCAAGGAGAUCAUCCUGGUGGACGACAACAGUGACAGCGUCGAGCUGAAAUUCAACUUGGACCAGUAUGUGAACAAACGCUACCCCGGCCUGGUAAAGAUUGUGAGGAACAGCAAGCGGGAGGGCCUGAUCCGUGCCAGAAUACACGGCUGGAAUGCUGCCACAGCUCCUGUCGUUGGCUUCUUUGAUGCUCAUGUCGAGUUCAACACUGGCUGGGCUGAACCUAUCCUGACCCGGAUGAAGGAGGAUCACACCCGCAUUAUCCUGCCUGCCAUAGACAACAUCAAGUACAACACGUUUGAGGUGCAGCAGUAUGCUAACGCCGCCCAUGGCUACAACUGGGGUCUGUGGUGUAUGUACAUCAUCCCUCCGCAGGAGUGGCUGGAUAGGGGCGAUGAGACAGCCCCUAUCAGAACUCCUGCUAUGAUUGGCUGCUCCUUCGUGGUAGAUCGAGAAUACUUUGGUGAGAUUGGCCUGCUGGAUCCCGGCAUGGAGGUCUACGGAGGCGAGAACAUUGAGCUGGGCAUGCGGGUGUGGCAGUGUGGAGGAAGCAUGGAAGUCCUGCCAUGUGCCAGGGUGGCCCACAUCGAGCGCACCAAGAAGCCCUACAACAACGACAUAGAUUACUACGCUAAGCGCAAUGCCCUGCGGGCCGCCGAAGUAUGGAUGGAUGAAUACAAGUCUCAUGUCUACAUGGCCUGGAACAUUCCCAUGAACAACCCUGGGGUUGAUUUCGGCGAUGUCUCUGAGCGCUUGGCCUUGAGGAAAAGGCUGCAGUGUCGGAGUUUCCGCUGGUACCUUGAACAUGUCUACCCAGAGAUGCGGAUCUACAACAACACAAUCACAUACGGCGAGGUGAGAAACAGCAAGGCUAGUGGCUACUGCUUGGACCAGGGAUCUGAGGAUGAUGACAAAGCCAUCCUGUACCCCUGCCAUGGCAUGUCCUCCCAGCUUGCCCGCUACUCUACGGAGGGGCUUCUCCAGCUUGGACCCCUGGGGUCAACCACCUUCUUGCCUGACACAAAAUGCCUCAUUGAUGAUGGCAGGGGACGAACACCCAGUCUAAAGAAAUGUGACGCUGUCUCAAGGAUUUCCCAGAGACUUUGGGACUUCACACAGAAUGGUCCAAUCAUCAGCAGGGACACUGGCCGAUGUUUGGAGGUAGAAAUGUCCAAAGACGCCAACUUUGGCCUUCGUCUGGUGGUCCAGAGAUGCUCCGGUCAGAAGUGGAUGAUUCGAAACUGGAUAAAGCAUCCCAGGCACUGAAGCCAGAGAAUGACCUCUGGGAGAGUUUGGCCAGUGUUUCAAGUGACACUUGGAUCACACACUGUGGACAAAUCAGAGAGGAGCAGGGGCUGGUGUCGCUAGUGUGUGGUAUUUCACACCACAGACUCCACAGCACGCUGAGCUUCCCUCAGGCCACAGAGCUUUCCAGCACUGAGUCUUAAAGAAGAAUAUGAUCAAUUCAUGUGUUCCACUGAGCUGCGUGCUCACACCAGACCUUACAGCAAGCAGCACAAUUUGAAAUGACCCACAUUUUUGACAUUCGGCAACAUGUAUAGAACAAGUCACUGGAGUGCAGUCCCUGCAGGUGGAUCAACAUUCUAGUAAUUAUUUUAUUUCUACUGUAAAAGCUUUAGAGAUGAAAAAGAAAGUGAGUGUGUGUCUUUCAUUUCUGAGUGCAUCUGAGCAAAUCAAAAGAUAUAAUUGCCGUCAGUUGCCACAUAAAAGUGAUUAUUUUGGGCUGUGAUUUGGAAAAUUGCUUUGGACAUAAUGUGCUGCCCUGGCAAGAUAUGGAAUAGGCUUCAAAGGAGAUGCCUAUCAUCAGAACGGGAGGCGUUUCACCUGCACUCACACAAACCACUACAAGUCUUUGUUUGUUUUCGACUGCAUUGCUCACUGCGGACAGGAGCAAUCAUGUGCCUUUUUCCUCAUUUUUUCUGCUUCAUCUGACCAGGGAAUGUCUCUCCCAAAAGCAUGUAAAAAAAUAUUUGAAAGUUAUUAAUAUAUAAAACAAUGUAUAAAACAGUCUAAUGAUAGUAAUAUAUUGUAAAAAGUGAAAAAUUGAUAUCUGUCCUCUGAUAACGAUUAGGAUAAUAAAAUCAUUUUUAUGAUGA